AUGUUUGGAAAGACUGCCAUACUGAGCACUCUUGUCAGUGCCGUGUCUGCAGGCACUAUUCUCUGGGAUGGACGUUUCAAUGAGAUGACCUCGUCCGCAGACCUCGAGAAGUGGUCCUGGGCAAAUCAGGUCGGAAACUUCCAAUACUACAUCCACGGCUCCGGCCCCGUCUCCAAAUACGUCAAUCUCUCGCCAAACUUCAAGAACCCCGGCGACACGGGAUCCAAGCAAGGUGUGAAGAUCACGAUUGACAACACCGCAAAGUGGAACUCGGACAUGUGGCGGACAGAACUCAUCCCCCAGACCAAAGCCGCCAUCAACCAGGGCACGGUAUACUACCACUUCUCCAUCAAGCGAUCCACAACAAACGUGCCCAGCGCCACAAACGAACACCAAAUCGCCUUCUUCGAGAGCCACUUCACCGAGCUCAAGUACGGGUGGGUCAAUGGCGAGUCGGGCACGUCCAACACGAACCUGCAGUGGAUGGUCGGGGGCCAGAGCAAAUGGAAGACGGAGCUCAAGGCGGACGAGUGGCACAAUGUCGUCUAUGAGAUUAACUUUUCUUCCAACCAAGUCACCUUCUGGCACUCGACCGGCAACAACACGCUCGUCAAGACCGCCGGACCCUUUUCCUCGAGCACCUCGUCCAACGGCGCAGAUUGGCACUUGGGUGUCCUCCGUCUUCCGCGCCAGGGCAACGACGGAACGGGUGCAGAGGACUGGUACUUUUCUGGGACUUAUGUCGAGAGUGGCACGCUUACGACGUCGGUUGCGAGUCCCGCUUCGUAG